UAGCCACAAUAGCGGGUAUGUGCUGUUGGGACCUAAGAUGAAGAAAAGUCAUUGCUCCUACAAAAUCUCUCACAAAAGAACACCUAACACAACCCUCUGUGGGUUUAAAAGCCAAUGGAAUGUCCAGUAACAGCCCCACCCAUUGCUUUAUGAUUGGUUCUCCGUUGCCCAGGGUGAUAGGGAUGCUUUAUUCAAUCUGUACAGGGCUCCCUAGAGGAACGGAAGUCACCACCCGCAGUGGUAGGACAACCAUGACCUUCUGUAUCUGGGCUGAAGCAGCAGCUCACACCAGCGUUUAAUUGUUUUGUCAAAAGUGUCAAGAAAAAGGCAUAAAGGCUACAAAGUAGGGAGACGAAGAGAAAGACCUGAAGGAAAGCUAUUAGAAAAUCAGGCAGAUGCCCAACUGCUUAAGGGCAGCAGGGGUGUACUGCAUAGCAAUAGCAAAGAGUACAAGCAGUGGACACAGAGGAAGAAGAACCCCCUGGGAAAACAGCGAGUACAAAAGAUAGAGAGGUCUUUCUUGGAACAGGGAUUCCAUUCAUCUCCUAAUAAGAUGUGGAGACAGGGACGGAAGUGUUAUCAGCAGUUGUCUGUUCAACAAGGGUAUACAAAUCAGUGGCCUGUCAUGUCAGGGAGGACCUUAAAUGCUGGAAGAAACAACUCAGGAAUGUCUCAUCACAAUCAUUACACCAAAGUUUAUCAGCCUAGAAGUCAUCACUUUUCGAGACAGAGGAAUUAUAAUUUCUCUAGGAGUGGUAGACCAUGGAAGAGAAAGGGAGGCUAUUGGAAGAGAAAGAGAUCAUAUAAGAAGAAGCAAACAAAUCAUUCUUCUCCUGCAGAUCACCAGUGGCCCUCCAGGUUCUGUAGUAACUAUCAAAGCCACCAGCGGCACUAUUAUCGGAAGCGAUACUUCAGAAGGCAGCGUUUGUUGGCAUUCAUGCAUGCAGCUGUAAAGGGACGACUGCGCCCCAUGAACCUCUGUGGGUGGAGAGCACCAGGAAUGCGUGCCCCAAGGAACACAACUCAGUUCAUCAUGCAUCAAGUGUAUGAAGAUAUGCGUCUGCAGAAGAAAGAAGAAGCAGCUGCUGCUGCAAGCAAAAGAGAUGAAGAGAAAACAGAACGACAGUUCUUCAGAGAAGAUGACAUAUGCAGCAUAGUCUCAGCAAGUAGCAGUUGCAUGGCCCUCAUUUCACCUAUGACCCCUGAGAGCAACAUUCUCACAGAAGAAGAGGAUGAGGAGGAUGGAGAAAAUGAGAGCAAUUGGACAAGCCAAAGAUGUGAAAAUAUUGAUCUGGAAUCUCAAGUUAACAUUUCAUGUGAGCCAUGAAACAGUGACAGGAGCACACAGAGUUUGGACUCAUCAAUAGACUCUGAUGCCCAGAUACUUAA